CCGGUCUUGCGCAGUCGGCCGCAAGCGCGAGGCCGGCGGCAUCGUUGCCAUGGUAAUGGGUGGCUCGGAGCUAGUGGGGCUAGCCGUCUAAGUAGGGCUGGGACUACGCGGGUCCCGACCCCCUGGACUACAGAAUGGGCUGAGGCGGUGGCGGCUGCCCAGACGAGGUCGUCUGCCGCCGGCGAGGCUCGCGACACUGGUCUGGGACCAUAAGACAUCUGGUUUGAGGAGCGGGCGGUACCGAGGUUUUCUUGGGUCUCGGGGACAGACCUGUGGGCGACUGCAGUAUUGCGGGAACCUCCUAUUUGACACGAGCAUGACAGGAAGUGGGAAGAACAACCCUCGCCCCCAUGACGGAUGUUGACAGGUAGUGAAGGAAUCUUAAAACUUAGUGUUGAUGAUAAUAACCGAGACAACGGAGGCUCCCGAAGUUCUGAAGAAGCCGAGCUUAAGAAUGGAGAUGUAUGAAACCCUUGGAAAAGUGGGAGAGGGAAGUUAUGGAACAGUUAUGAAGUGUAAACAUAAGGAUACCGGGCAGAUAGUGGCCAUUAAGAUAUUUUAUGAGAAACCAGAAAAAUCUGUCAACAAAAUUGCAAUGAGAGAAAUAAAGUUCCUAAAGCAAUUCCAUCAUGAAAAUUUGGUCAAUCUGAUUGAAGUGUUUAGACAGAAAAAGAAAAUUCAUUUGGUGUUUGAAUUUAUUGACCACACAAUAUUAGAUGAGUUACAACAUUAUUGUCAUGGACUAGAGAAUAAACGACUUAAAAAAUACCUCUUCCAGAUCAUUCGAGCAAUUGAAUAUCUUCACAAUAAUAAUAUCAUUCAUCGGGAUAUAAAACCUGAGAAUGUUUUAGUAUCCCAGUCAGGAAUUACUAAACUCUGUGAUUUUGGAUUUGCACGAACGCUAGCAGCCCCUGGGGACAUUUAUACAGACUAUGUGGCCACACGCUGGUAUAGAGCUCCAGAAUUAGUAUUAAAAGAUACCUGUUAUGGAAAGCCUGUGGAUAUCUGGGCUUUGGGCUGUAUGAUCAUUGAGAUGGCCACUGGAAAUCCCUUUCUUCCUAGCAGCUCUGAUUUGGACUUACUUCAUAAAAUUGUUUUAAAAGUAGGCAAUUUGACACCUCAUUUGCAGAAUAUCUUUUCCAAGAGUCCAGUUUUUGCUGGAGUGAUCCUUCCUCAAGUUCAACACCCCAAAAAUGCAAGAAAAAAGUACCCAAAGCUAAAUGGAUUGUUGGCAGAUGUUGUUCACGCUUGUUUACAAAUUGAUCCUGCUGAGAGAAUAUCAUCUACUGACCUUUUGCAUCAUGAGUAUUUUACCAGAGAUGGAUUUAUUGAAAAAUUCAUACCGGAACUAAGAGCUAAAUUACUACAAGAAGCAAAAGUCAAUUCACUCAUAAAACCAAAAGAGAAUUCUAAAGAAAACGAAUUCAUGAAAGAUGAAAGAAAAACAGUUUAUACUAAUACACUGCUAAAUACUUCACUUUUGGGAAAGGAAAUGGAAAAAGAGAAAAAGCCCAAGGAAAUGAGAGUCAGAGUUACCAAAGUCAAAGGAGGAAAUACCUUAGAACCAAAAAAGACAGAGUAUGAAAGUGGACAUUGCCAACAAGAUGCAACUAAAAAUGCUCAUGCUGUAGCUCAAGAUACAAAACUUGUAAUCAGUGAGCCACCAGACCCUGCCGCGCCCAGCACUAACUCUAAUGGCGUGAAAGACAGUCUACAUGUCGGAGGUAGUAUGAUGAUGCCACCUAUUAACCUAACUGGCAAUAAUUUGUUGGCUUCCAAUCACAACGCAAAUCUCUCCCACUCCAAUUCAAGGUUAACUGAAAGAGCAAAAAAGAGACGUACUUCACAAUCUAUUGGACAAGUUAUGGCUAAUAGCAGGCAAGAGGAUACAGGUCCCACUCAAAGCCAAAUGGAGACAGCUACAUUUAAUGAGCACACAGGUCAAAGUGACCAAAUGGCAAAUGGAAACAAAAGGAAGCUGAAUUUUCCCAGACCUGACAGGAAAGAAUUCCACUUCCCAGAACUGCCCUUCAUAAUACAGUCAAAAGAGACAAAAAGAAUGGAAGUUAAACAGGUAAAAGUGCUGAAGAGGGAAUCAAAGAAAACAGAUUCAUCUAAAAUACCAACUUUACUUAAUAUGGAUCAAAAUCAAGAAAAACAAGAGAAUACAGGAAAUGCACAAACUGAAAGGAAGAAGAACCCGCCCGAUGUAGAGUAGAAAAUGCAGCAGCUGAAAAUUCAGGGAAUCCCAGAAUCACUGGUGGAGAUGGCCAUUGUGAAGGGCGGAGUUUGAAGAGGAACGUAUUUUUUUUGUGGUAGUGUCUUUGAAAUCUUAAGCUACAAAUUGGCAUGUCUUCCCUUUUUGUUUCACAUGCGAUAGGAAUGUAACGGGCUGUUAAGAUGGCCAUUCAUCCGCACUAGCAUCAUCCACCUUCAUUUUGUCAGCAGACUGGUCACUGUUUUCUCCUUUCCUCUAAGGACCCUGUCGAUGUGACGCUCUGAUUGGGAAUUAAAGUCAUCCCCUGUCUGCCUGCCUCUUUCCUUGCCAUGAUUCAUGAGUAGGUAACACAUCCUGUCACAGGGCACACACGGUACUUCGCUGAUCUCUGCCCUCUGCUGGUCAUGUACCCUUAACUGUCAGUCGUUUCCUAGGAGGCUUAGGCUUUCCGAAGUGAGUUCUUAAUGAAAUAUCUGACCCAUUUUUUUAAAAGCUAUUCAAUACAAUAAAUUAAAUAAAAACAAAAGCUGUUUAUUGCCAUUACAUGAUUAAACCUAUCUUCUGUUAGUCAGCUAUGAAAGUAUUCAUUACAUUUAUAAAGUAUCUGUAAAAUAUAUGGUAUUCAAAUGUUAAUUAUUUUGUUAUGCUUUUAAACGACUAUUAGUGGUCUUCCUUUUCUGUUUAAUAAAAUAAACUAUAUACAACCCUGAAGAAGUAUAUACCAAAAUUCUCAAUUGUCCUAUAGUUCAAAAACAAUAAAAUGAGAUUAUCUGAUGUUUUA